GAGCCCGGCACCCACCGGCGCCCCGCAGCCCGGCUCUAAAGCGCAGCGCUCCGCCGAGCGCCCUCAGUGAGCGCGGGGAGCCAUGGCCGCCGCAGCCCAGUACCUGCCCCGCAGCAGCCCGCUGCUGCCCCCCGACUCGGGCCGCAUGCACCAGGGCACGACCUACCGCGAGGUGCAGAAGAUGAUGCACCACGAGUACCUGCAGGGCCUGGCCAGCGGCUCCGGCCACCCCGUGAGCCUCGGCCACCCCCAGUGGCUGCCCAGCGCCGGCUCCGACUGGGGCAGCGGCUCCCACCUGGGCCAGGCCGAGCACGGCAAGGGCGGCGUGCAGGGGGCGGGCCGCGAGGAGCUGCCCGGCGCCUUCCACCCCCGCUCCCACCUGGUGCACCAGCAGGCGCCCGGCGGCCACCCGGGCGCCUGGGCGCAGGGCAGCGGGCACCACCUGGCGCCCAUGUCCCCCACGUCCGGCAGCCACCAGCCGCUGCUCUACUCGCAGUCCGCCUACCCCAACCUGAACGGCAUGCUGGGCCCCCCGGCGCCGGCCCUGCACCACGGCCUGCGGGACCCCCUGGGCCACGAGGAGGCGGCCGGGCUGCACGACCCCCAGCUGGAGGCCUCCCCGCAGCACCUGGGCCACCCGCAGGAGCACUCGGACGAGGACGCGCCCAGCUCCGACGACCUGGAGCAGUUCGCCAAGCAGUUCAAGCAGCGGCGGAUCAAGCUGGGCUUCACCCAGGCGGACGUGGGCCUGGCCCUGGGCACCCUCUACGGCAACGUCUUCUCGCAGACCACGAUCUGCCGGUUCGAGGCGCUGCAGCUCAGCUUCAAGAACAUGUGCAAACUCAAGCCCCUGCUCAACAAAUGGCUGGAGGAGACCGACUCCAGCACGGGCAGCCCCACCAACCUGGACAAGAUCGCGGCGCAGGGCCGCAAGCGCAAGAAGCGCACCUCCAUCGAGGUGGGCGUGAAGGGCGCCCUGGAGAACCACUUCCUCAAGUGCCCCAAGCCCUCGGCCCACGAGAUCACCUCGCUGGCGGACAGUCUGCAGCUGGAGAAGGAGGUGGUGCGGGUCUGGUUCUGCAACCGGCGGCAGAAGGAGAAGCGCAUGACGCCGGCCGGGGUCCCGCACCCGCCCAUGGAGGAUGUUUACGCGCAGGCGGAGACCUCGCCGCUGCACCACCCGCUCCAGAGCUCGGUGCAGUGACUGGGCGGCGGGGCAGGGGGCUGAGGGCGCCGGGCCGCGGCGGGUGCAGCUCUGGAGUUUACAGCGAGGGCCCGCGGGCGGCAGGGACCGCGCCCGGCCCGGCCAGGGAGCCCGAACCCCGCCCGCGGCCCCGGCGGGAAGUCGCGCUCGGGACUUGGUUGCUGCCGCUUGGUUUCGGGCCCUGGAUGCCGAGACUCGCCGGGCGGCGCGUGGAAAACGCUCCUUAAUUUAUUCCUCAGACUGGUGCGCAACUGCAAUUUGUCUCUAAUUUAAAUCGCUGUAUUUAUUUGACUUCCAAAAAUACCGCGCGCUCCAGAGCCCCGCGGCUCUGCAAACGCCGCGAGAGGAGAACUAGCCAAAGGUUUGAGAUCUAAUUUAUUCUUCGUUUGCUCCCAUGCCACUGACCCUGCGGGGGGCUCUCUCCGGCCCGGCUCCCCGCCCCCCUGUCCCCCCCCCGGCUGCAGGCUGGGACGGGUCGGGGAGGGGCGAGACCUGGUGCCGAAGCUCCCCCCCCCCCCGCGGGCCCCUGGACCGGUUCCGCUGGCGCUGAUCCCCCCUCUCCUCCUGGGGGGCCGCCUGCCCCCGACCGCCCGGUGCAGACUGCGGCCUCUUGGCUUCCCAGAGAGCGGAGAGUUUCCCAGGGCUCGCUCCAGGGGCUCCCCGGGCUGGCGCUGCGGGGCCUGGGAGGGGCGCUGGGGAGCGGAGGGGUGUGCGGGGCGGGUCGCGGUAACUUUCCCAGCCCGGCUGUAAAUAUGUGAGAUAUGUACACACGUGCCCGCCGCUCCGGAUCCCCGCUCCGUCCCCCGGCCGGUUUUUUACACGGACUGAUUGCGAGAGGCUAUUUUAAUAUCGUUUCCCGUCCCGUUUCUAUUUAUUUCUAACCGCGUUCAGAGCCCCCCUUCCCGCGGGCAGGUUCGGUUCAUUCCGCAGCGUUGGGUUCGGAGUUUUUGUUUUUUAAUCGCAAAAAACUAUGUAGCCCGCGAAGUUACGUUUCUAUUUAUGUUUAUAGUAAAUAUUUUUAUUACGUACAUAAACCAUCCCCCCCGGAACCGGUCUCGUGUCUUCUUUGCAGGCUGCUGGACCCUGCCCGGGAGGCUGGCGAGGGCUUGGCGUUAGGGGAGCUGGCAGGGAGCGGGCCGGGGCAGCGCGGAGCGGGCAGGGCAGGGGCCCCAAGCGGGCAGGACGCUCCCUGGUCCUGUGGCCCAGGCCAGGCGGGGCUGCCCGUUGCUUCAGCCGCUCCGACGGCUUGUUUUUUUCAUCCCCGUAGAAAGUUUGAGGCAAGUUGGGAUUUUCCUUUGCAAGGACCAUUCCCACCGCCUCGCCUGGCUCCGCAGGAACCAAGCCCCCGUUCCCAGCAGCAGGGGCGUCCCGUGCUCUCCCUGCAGGACAAUGGGGCAGCUCCAGAGAGACCGGGACUGCAACUGUUGAAAAACCGAGGCAAAUAAACGCCCCUGGGGCAGGGCACCUGCCGGCCUGAUCGCAAAUGGCAUUUAAACUUGGAGGGGGGAGCCGCUGGUUCCGCAUGGGGAAUUGAAUCCUAAAUCAUGACUUCGGGUGUUCAUGUUUGGUCCAAGGGGAAUGUGUCACAGUGAGAUUCAGAGUCCAUGUUUACUGGCUGCAUCCUUCUAAAAUCUUAUAACUCAGAUCCCCUGACUCCUACGGCUUAUAGGCGGUGUUUGCCAAAAUUAUUCUCCAUUCUGCAGUGUGUGCAACUUGCUCUUGAUACUCCAGGAGCUGUGGACUCCAUCAGCAGGGAAGUGUAAAAUCAAGCUCUUUAAACAAAUGUGUGGAAGCUCUUACACUUACAAGGGUCUCUGGAAGAGAUGAGCUGCCCGUACAGGGAUCUCAGGAAAAUUAUAAGUAUAUUGUGCGGCCCUAGCUAACGGGAAAGAAUCUGGUCUGAUUUGUUCUUCAUACCCUGCAUUUUUUCAGUUCCAAAGAUUUCCCUAAAGAGAAGGUAGAAUUUAAAACAAAAUGUGACUGUUGCAAAUCUCUUCCCCAUCAUAUUCGCAGUUAGUGCCGUGAGAGAGAGAGGCGCAGACAGGGCUAAAUGCUCACCUGUUACCUGAGAGAGAAAGGGAAACCCUUUUUUUGUUUUUUGAAGCGGAAGCCACUAGUCUAGAAAUGUACAUUUUAUCUGAAAAGGGAGAAAAAACUCCUCAUUUUUCAUUUAUCAUAAACUUAAAUCUGAAAAGACAACGUUAUUAAUUUCUUUUAGAGGUAAAAGACCUGUAAUUUUAUUUUCCUAUUCAGCUUUCUAAUGUUCUGUUUAAUAUUAUCUUUGCUUUCAGAUAACUCAGAUAUGUGAAAAAUCUGUUACUCACCUAUGUUUACAAUUGUUACCAAUACAGUUAAUCAGCAUUCACAUUCCUGUUAAUUACACUUCUGGGAAACUCCAUCUUCAUGGCAUAGGCGUCUAUAUUGUGUGUCUUUUAUGUACACACGCAGAGCUUUAAAAUGUAGAAUACCGGUGGAAUAGCAUAAUUUGUAUUUGGGGUGCUAUGAUAGUCCAUUGAGAUUAAUACGCCUUUUUGGAAUAUAGAAUACAAGCAGAAAAUGUUUUUGUUGUUUUUUUUUUUAAAAGAAUUUUCUCACCUUAUAUUACAGAAAACAAUAAACAACAAUGUACUACAAGAAAAUUCCAUCCUAGUACUCAAGCUGUGCUCUCAUGGUUUUUGAUUUCACCAGAUCCUUCUAUAGAGUAUCAUAUCCUAAUAUUUAUGCCUAUACCAGGGUCUAGAGAAUACUUAUUUAUUUCAUGCUCUGUAUUUCUAGAAGAAUUAAUUUGUAUCUUUUUAAAGUCUGCUUUCUCUCAGAAUUUGUGAGGAAAGGUCACAUAAGUGGAUUCUUUUCACUUUCACAGAUCUUUUGUUUCCAGCAACCUUUGUAUGUUGAGAGAACUUUUGAAGCCUGUGUCUGUGGAACUCACACACUGGAGAAAUGUUUAAUUGCAUAAAGUGGGUAAAAUGUCAGAUAAUAUAAUUUGCUAGAAAACUUCCUAUCCGCAGUCUAUAAUAUUUGACACAUUGACUUUGGAUACAUCUCUUAUUUUGUGAAACAGCAGGUGUAAAGGGAAUUUUGGUUGACGAUCGGGCAUUACUGUGUGUCAAUUCACAAAUUAAUUUUUUUAGGUGUGAAUAAUGCAGUUUGCGCCCAACAUGAAAAAUCUUCUGUUUUCCACAAAAAUCUUCUGCUUGGUUUUAUUGUAUUUUUGUGCCUUCAGUGUUUUGUUUGCAAAUGCAUUAUUGCUCAGGCAAAUGUCACAAUCAGCCAUGUUACUAUAAAUUAAUUAUCCUACUUUCUCUGUCAUUUUCAAAAAUGUAGUUAUUGUGUAGUGGCUAAUACAAAGGAUUUUAAUAGCUACAGCUUUCCUACUCUUAUCAACUGUUUCUUUGGAUUUUUUUUAAUUUAAAAAAAGUCACGAUGAUGGACCAUUAUCAGACUAAAUAUCAUGUUUGAUACCCAUAAGUUAGCACACCAGCAAAUGGGUUCACCUUGCAGUACAAAUAAGCUGGCAAACACUGCAGAAGACCGCAUUAAUAACUCCUCUAGAGCAACAAAAUAACGCAAUAUUGUUUAAAAGAUUCAACACACAUGAUUAAUAAAGCAUUUUGUCAGCUUUGA